AUGUUGAAAAUAUCUCCGUCCAAUUUUCUUUUUUCUUCGUUCUUUUUCUUCUUUCUUUUUCUUUCUUUGGGCGCCAUUUUUAAUAUCUUCGUUCUUCCCUUUCCUUCUAUUCUACGCUAUUUCUUCCUUUCGGCUUUCUUUUCUUUCUUAGGUCUUUUUCAUUUGCGAAUUUCUUUCUUCAAUUUUUUUUCUUUCUUUCGUUAUGUCACUCUUCCUUUCUUUCUUAUAUUUUUUUUCAUUCACCCUCUUAUUUUUCUUACGUCUAUAACUUCUGCCUUUGUUUUUAAUCCUGCAUUAUUUUUCGUUGUUAUUCAUUUCUUUUACAUUCAAUUCCUUCUUCAUUUUUUAAUCUUUUUUAAUCACGUUCAUAGAAAAAACUUUCCCCACAUUAUAAAUCAUUCUUUCCCUGCUUUCCUUCCUUACGUUUUUUCUUUUAUUCCUUUCUGUACCUACUUUUGCCUUCAUUGUUCUGAGCAAUACUUUUUUUUUGAUGAUUCAUGCAGACUACUUUUGAAUGGUACCAAAAUAAAAGAAAAUCCGAUAGGAAUAAAGAAGUCUCUCCGCCCAUCGAAGAAGAAAAAGAAAACGAGAAUAAAACGCGGAAGGAAGGAUUAA